AUGAUCCAUCCAUCCAUCUAUCUAUCUAUCUAUCUAUCUAUCUAUCUAUCUAUCUACCCCUUCCUGUCUGCAAAAAUAAUUGGAUCUAUCUAUCUAUCUAUCUAUCUAUCUAUCUAUCUAUCUAUCUAUUCUUUCCUUAUCUAUCUAUCUAUCUAUCUGUCUAUUUAUCUUUUCAUUAUCUAUCUCUUCAUUAUCUAUCUAUCUAUCUAUCACAAUCUCUUUAUUAACCAUCUAAAGCAAAAAAGCCACCACAAUACAAGGGUCUGUUCAUAUCUAUCUAUCUAUCUAUCUAUCUAUCUAUCUAUCUAUCUAUCUAUCCAUCUAUCUAUCUUAAUCUGUUCAUAUUUAUCUAUCUAUCUAUCUAUCUAUCUAUCUAUCUUAAUCGUUUCAUAUCUAUCUAGCUCAGUCUGUUCAUAUCUAUUUAUCUAUCUAUCUAUCUAUCUAUCUAUCUAUCUAUCUAUCUAUCCUGCUCAUUUUAAUCUAGAGAUAAAAUAUUGUUUUACUAUUUACAAAGUCAAUAUAUUCAUUCGCUGGUCUAUUAAUCCCUUUAGCGUUUAUCCCGAUUUGAACAUCGACUGCAGGCACAAAAAACUUGAGGGUCUCUUUUUUUCUCUCUCUUUCUCUCUCUCACACACAGAGUUAAUCUACCUAUACUCAUGUCUGUCUGUAUAUCUAUCUAUCUAUCUAUCUAUCUAUCUAUCUAUCUAUCUAUCUAUCUGCACGCACACAACAUGA